CGUAUGCGUCAUGACGUCACGCGUUAUACGGGAUGACGUAACCACCGCGCGUUGACAUCACGCGUCUUCUCUCACCCAUCGGAUAUCCGCCAUUGAAUUCAAUCCCCGCGUUUGAAUCCGCGUCCAUCCGUCAUGUCUCUCCUCAACAAACCGAAGAGCGAGAUGACGCCCGAGGAGCUGUCGAAGCGUGAGGAGGAGGAGUUCAACACGGGCCCGCUCUCUGUGCUCACGCAGUCCGUCAAGAACAACACACAGGUCCUCAUCAACUGCCGCAACAACAAGAAGCUGCUGGCGCGAGUCAAGGCCUUCGACAGGCACUGCAACAUGGUGCUGGAGAACGUGAAGGAGAUGUGGACAGAGGUGCCCAAGAGCGGGAAGGGCAAGAAGAAGUCCAAGCCGGUGAACAAGGAUCGCUACAUCUCCAAGAUGUUCCUGCGCGGAGACUCGGUCAUCAUCGUGCUCAGGAACCCGCUCACGAGCAGCAAAUGAGAACGGCCGAAGAGCUUCUCUACAAUUCCCUCUCGGGCUGUCUGUCGGCUGUUCGCGCUGGCUGGCCGGUUGUCUGUCGUUGAUCUGUCACGGCCGGGGGUCGGCAAUUAUAGUAACAAGAAGCGGCGAUUAUUUUUUCCCUUAAAAAAUUCGGUAAUAAAAAAAAACACUCGUUAUUUCACGAGCCCGCAAUACACACGUGUGACUCCGAGACGGGGGGUGGCCCCUUGAUCAGUAACGUCACGAAGUCCGCUGGUUGCCGACCCCCCCCUCCCCCGGUCAUGGCUGUCGACAGCCCAAGUCAGCCGUUUCGUGAGUCUUAGCAAUCGGUUGGUGGGUUUUUGUCAAUAUUUAAGUGUCAGCCAUUCAGCCAGUUUUUACGUCAAUCUGCCAGUCAAGUCAAUCGGUAUGUCCGUCGCUUUUUUGUUCUCAGCCGGUCAGUGCGUUUGUCAGCAUGUCUCGUCAGUCAAGUGCGGUCUUUUUUUUUACAUUUGUUCCAACAAGCUGAUCAAAGGAGGACACCUGUGACGAGAUAGAUCUAUUUAAGAUACGGAAAAGUAGGGGAGCAGGAAACAGGAAUGAAAAAGCGAAAAACAAAAACCCAUUAUAACCGUGCGGGCUCGUGAAGGGCUUUAACGGGGAACGUCUGUUGUGGAUAACGAUGUUUAUAUGCUGGAGAGAGGCGAGUGCAGCGAUGUGCGUGGUUUCCAUUUGUACUGUUUUUUGGCCUUUAAUAAACUUUUGAUUUCUUUUUUCAAUAA